UUUCGCGGACUUUGCUCUUCAUGUGGCCUUUUUGUUUUAUAGCUGCGCUCUUAAAACUGAUCCUAGUUCAGCUCUUCUACUGACAGCGGCGGGAGUCACAUCAUUGUCAUUUGAUUUCCACAUCGUGUCUCCAGGAAAACAACCAUGUCUCUAACAAACGGCCACAGUGUGGGUAAAGAAACCUGGGAUUCGCACAACAAGAUGAUGCUGGAGCCUCUGGCCGUCAGUGACUCAGAGGUGUUCUCCAUCAUAAAGAAGGAGAAGCACAGGCAGGUCUACGGUCUGGAGCUGAUAGCGUCAGAGAAUUUUGCCAGCAGAGCUGUUCUGGAGGCUCUGGGUUCCUGUAUGAACAACAAGUACUCUGAGGGCUAUCCUGGCCAGAGGUACUAUGGUGGUACUGAACAUAUUGAUGAGCUGGAGAGACUCUGCCAGAAGAGGGCGCUGGAGCUCUUUGGUUUGGAUCCGGAGAAAUGGGGCGUCAAUGCACAGCCAUACUCAGGUUCCCCAGCCAACUUUGCAGUCUACACAGCUGUGGUGGAGCCACAUGGCCGCAUCAUGGGGCUGGACCUUCCUGAUGGCGGCCACCUCACCCACGGCUUCAUGACCGAGAAGAAGAAAAUCUCAGCAACCUCCAUCUUCUUUGAAUCCAUGCCAUAUAAGGUGAAUCCAGAAACGGGCUACAUCGAUUAUGACAAGCUGCAGGAAAAUGCACGGCUGUUCCACCCGAGGCUCAUCAUUGCAGGAACAAGCUGCUAUUCGAGGAACCUUGACUACGCCCGCUUGAAGCAGAUCGCCAAUGAGAAUGGUGCAUAUCUGAUGGGGGACAUGGCUCACAUCAGUGGGUUGGUGGCUGCUGGAGUGGUGCCCUCACCCUUUGAGCAUUGCGACAUUGUCACCACAACGACCCACAAAACUCUGCGUGGCUGCCGAGCCGGACUUAUCUUUUAUCGGAAAGGGGUGCGGAGUGUGGACGCCAAAGGAAAGGAGACUCUGUACAACUUGGAGUCUUUGAUCAACCAGGCCGUGUUUCCAGGUCUGCAGGGAGGACCUCACAAUCACGCUAUCGCAGGUGUUGCUGUGGCACUCAAACAAGCCAUGACGGCGGAGUUUAAAGCUUACCAGCAGCAGGUCCUCGCUAACUGCAAAGCUCUAUCCAGCACCCUAAUGGACCUCGGUUACAAGAUUGUCACUGGUGGUUCUGACAACCAUUUAAUCCUGCUGGACCUGCGCAGCAAAGGAACGGACGGAGGAAGAGCCGAGAAGGUCUUGGAGGCGUGUGCCAUCGCUUGCAAUAAGAACACCUGCCCAGGCGAUAAGAGCGCUUUACGUCCCAGUGGUCUGAGGUUCGGCUCCCCAGCUCUGACAUCCAGAGGGAUGGUAGAGGAGGACUUCAAGAAGGUGGCUCACUUCAUUCAUAGAGGUAUUGAGCUAACUUUGGAGGUUCAGAGAAGUUUGGAUCCAAAGGCCACCCUGAAGGAGUUCAUCCAGGCGUUGGCUCAGGGGGAGAAGUUCCAGCAGCGGGCGGCUGAGAUCAGGGCUGAGGUGGAGGCGUUCGCCGGGCAGUUCCCCAUGCCGGGCCUUCCUGAGCUGUAGAGAGCAGUGAUCCACCCUCCUGUGCUUAUACAGUCACGUCAUUGUGACUUCAAUACAUUCCUGUGAAAGUAACAUUUCCCUUGGAGCACUUUUUCUCAACGGGGAAAAAGGUUAUUCGCUAUUGUUACAAUGCUUUACUGUUUUAAACUGAAAUGUUUUAAUGCUACACUUAAAUUCAUUAUGUCAAUGUUGUAAUAAGUUUCCAUUUCUGUGGAGUUUUCCAACAGACUCUAUCAGAUCGAUACCCAAACUGUGAUUCAGACGUGAUUCUGUUAAUUUAAAUGAAAUU